AAAUGUCAACAGUGUCAACAAUUGUGUUUAUCUCUAAGCUUUAACCUCAGUUUAAAAUGUAAAUUGUUAUUUAUUUAUUGUAAAAAAAAAAACAAUUACAAUAUAAAAAUGCACGCGAAUUACUGUAUGAGAUGACGUUAAAGUAAAUGUUUUGUUUACUUUUAACAUGUCAUACUUUCAUGGAAUUCCUAUUCCAAACUUUAACUCAGAAAAACGUUCCAGACGAAAGCAGCACAGUAAAACAAAAGUGGAAAAUGAAGGUGAACUUGAACCAGUUCAUGGAAUUCGUCAUCGACGAAUGCAUAAUACAAGUAAAUCACUUAAAAAAAUAAAAGGAGAUUUGAGAAAAGAGACUGAUAGUACGUGUGAAGAUGACAGGAACAAUGGUUCGAAUAAGGACAAACGUUAUCUUUACAAGGAAAUUGAAAGAUUAAAGGAAGAAAAUCGAUUAAUUACAGCUAAAUUAGAAGAAAAUGGUGGAUCUGAUGUGAAUGAUACGAAAGAAAAAAAUCAAUUACUAGCAAAAAUUCGCAUUAAAUAUCAUAAAUUAGAGGAAAAAUAUAAGGAAUUAUACGAGGAACACAAUAAAUUAUCUAUUCUUUUAAAUGAAAAGGAUAAAGAAUAUCGUGAAUUACAUACACAUCAUGAACAAUUAACGCAAGCAUUUCAAAUAAAUGAACAAGAUCAAUCAAAUCUAGUCAUAAUAACGGAGAAAACAAAAUCUGACAAUGCACAGCUCAAAGAAGAUAUUUCACUUCUUAAAAAUCUAGUCUAUAGGCUUAAUGUUGAAUUAGAAAAAUAUCAAGAUAAAUUAAGAAAUUCUAGUCAAAAUAUUGAUUUUAAAAGUUGUACAACAACAUCGGCUUCCAAUCAUGAUUCUGAGGUUGAAAUAAAAAAAUCAAUUAAUUCCUGGGGUAAAAUUAAUUCACAUGCAUUGGCACCACUAUUGGAUGCAUAUCAGGAAAAUAUUGAGGAGAAAGAAGAACUUAUUCAAAAAUAUGAGAAAGAAAUUGACAUUUUUUCGGGAAAAUGUAAAGAAGUUAUACGUGAAAAUGAAUCACUCUUUAAGGAGGUUGAAGAGUUAAAAUCAAAAUGCGAGAGAUAUGUUUUUGAGAUGAAAACAAUAGAAGAAGAUGCUGGUGUUAUUAAAGAGCAAAAUGAUCUUUUGACAAAACAAACUAAUAUGCAAAAGCAAAAAUUGCAGGAAAUUCAUUCAGUUUAUGAACAUAAAGUCGAAACAAUGUCUCAGGACAACAACAAACUUCAUAAAGAUUAUUUAUCGUGUAAGGCUGAAUUAAGUAAUCUUCAAGGCAAAUAUGAAAUUUUAAAUGAAGGUUAUGAAAAAUUAAAAAACAAUUCGGAAAAAACAAUGCCAGUUUCAGUUCAUAAUGCCUCGGUUGAAGAAUGUAAACGAUUAUUCGAAGAAUUAAAAUAUCAAUACGAGAAUGAUAAAAAGAAAAUGACAUCAAAAAUUAAACUUUUGGAAGAAUCACAACCGGAAAAUGAAAAACAAUUAAUUUUAGUAACUGCCGAGCGAGAUCAAUUGAGAACACAAUUGAAAAGUUUGGAGAAAAAUUACAAACGAACGCAACAAAAAUUGGAUCGUCUACAAAAAUCAGUUUGUUCCAUUCAAAUUUCACGUGAAUCAUUGAAAAGACAAUUGAGCAAAACAACUGAAUUUUGUAAGGAACUCGUUACAGAGCAAGAGAAAAUUUUAAUUGAAAAAGAUAAAUUAGUUGUAUUAUUAAAAGAGCGAGAGAAGGAAAAUGAAAAUAUUCAAUAUUUAGGUAAUAAUAUUGCUCAUAGAAUGGGAAAUUUACGAAGUCAGUUAAAGAGUGUACAGAAAGGUGCAAAGGAACAAUUGGAGACAGUGGAGAAACAUAUAAAAAAUCAAGAAUUAGACGCCGAUCAAAUGAAAGCCGAAUAUUCACGAGAAUUGACACGUUUAAAAAAUUUAAUUAAAGAAAAGGAGGAUAUUAUUGGUAAAUUGCAGAGAGAAAAAAAUGCAAUGCAAGAUAAUUUAGAAUAUGUUUUAAAAGCAGCAACGAGUGACGAUAAGAAAGUCAGAGAAGCUUUGAAAAAUUCCAAAAUUUACACUGUUUAACGUACCAGAAAUCUUGGAUUUACCAGAGAAAUUCUUGUUUUUCUGAUGAAAAAGUUGCAAAAAGUAAAAAAAAAAAAAAAAAGAAAUAAAUAAUCUGUUAAACAUUGUAAUGUAAAACAGAUUUUGCGAGAGAUAAUCUCUUUUUUCUAUCCAUAUUAAUUAUGUGGAUUAAUUUUUCUAGUCUUGUAUUAUGUAAAUAAUAGUCGAAUUUACAUAAUUUAAUUACACAUAUACGCGUAUUAUAGAAGAAUUAAUAGAAGCGAAUGAUAAAAGGACGAGGACAGUGUGUAUAUUAGAUUGGCGGAUUUUUAACUGAUGUAAGAACUUUGAUCUCUUUAUAAAUGACUUUGAUUUACCGAUA